CGUGCCCGGCCCCGCCGUGUGGGUGGUGCCAUGCGGAUGAACCGGCCGGGACACGAGCAGGCCGGCCGCCCAGCGCCAAGAUGGCGUCCAUGCUGCUCCAGAGCUGCGGCCGGCGGGCCUGCCGCCUGCCCCGAGCGCUGCGCCGCCAGGCCCCGCUAGGUAACUUGGGAGAUCGCGCUUGUCUUAGUUGUACGUCCCUGAGGUUGGCAAACAAAAUGACUGUACACUUUAAAUAUUGCACUAGUGUCGCUCCUGUUUACUCAUACUCCAAAAAAGAUCACUACUGUUGCUGGACUAAAGGAUCGGAACGAACGUACUUUACUCUUAUGAGCCCUUCUGGCUCAUGGACUGCCCUGGCAGCCAUGGGUGUUUUAGGACCCAAGUAUCUUCCAGUUAGGUGGUGGCAUUCUUCGCGUUCUCUUCAAGAUGACUCCAUAGUUGAAAAGUCCCUGAAGUCCUUAAAGGACAAAAACAAGAAGUUGGAAGAAGGUGGUCCUGUAUAUAGUCCAACAGAAGUGGAAGUUGUGAAAAAAUCUAUUGGACAGAGGAUUGUGGAUGAGCUGAAGCACUAUUACCACGGUUUUCGAUUACUCUGGAUUGACACAAAAAUAGCUGCAAGGAUGCUUUGGAGAAUACUGCAUGGAAAUACUCUGUCACGUCGAGAAAGGAGACAGUUCCUUCGAAUAUGUGCUGAUCUCUUCCGCCUGGUUCCUUUCCUUGUUUUUCUUGUUGUCCCAUUUAUGGAGUUUCUGCUUCCAGUAGCUCUGAAGUUGUUCCCUAACAUGCUUCCGUCUACGUUUGAGACUAAGUCUAAAAAGGAGGAAAGAUUGAAGAAACAACUGAGAGUAAAGCUUGAAUUAGCUAAAUUCCUUCAAGAUACAAUUGAGGAGAUGGCCUUAAAAAAUAAGGCAGCCAAAGGAAAUGUUACAAAAGAUUUUUCAACAUUCUUUCAAAAGAUCAGGGAGACUGGUGAAAGACCCAGUAAUGAGGAGAUCCUGAGGUUCUCAAAACUAUUUGAAGAUGAAUUGACUCUGGACAAUCUAACCAGGCCUCAGUUGGUGGCACUUUGUAAACUACUGGAACUUCAGUCAAUUGGGACAAAUAACUUUCUCCGCUUCCAGCUGACUAUGAGGUUGAGAACUAUAAAAGCAGAUGACAAAAUGAUUGCUGAAGAAGGAGUUGACAGUCUGACUGUUAAAGAGCUGCAGGCAGCGUGUCGUGCACGAGGAAUGAGAGCCCUUGGUGUGACAGAAGAGCGUCUCAAGGAACAGCUUAAACAGUGGCUAGAUCUGCACUUGAACCAGGAAAUCCCUACUUCAUUGCUCAUUUUAUCCAGAGCCAUGUAUCUUCCAGACACGCUUUCUCCAGCUGAUCAGCUCAAAACAACACUUCAGACACUGCCAGAGAGCGUUGCAAAAGAAGCUCAGGUCAAAGUGGCAGAAGUUGAAGGUGAAAAAGUAGAUAACAAAGCACGACUGGAAGCAACACUUCAGGAGGAAGAAGCCAUCAGAAAAGAAAAUGAAGAAAAAGAGAUGGAAAGAAUAACUGAAGCUGCAGAGAAAGCCAAAGAAACUCUUCAAGUUCCAGCCAUGAAAGAAGUGGAAUCAGCAGUAGAUCUUGAACCAGCGGUUCUGCAAGCUAAAGAAAGUCAGGUGGCCAUAGACAGCAAACAAGAGCUGGCAAAAGCAGAUAUGGAAACACUGAAAGAUACAGCACCCGUACUAGAAGGCAUUAAGGGUGAGGAAAUAACGAAGGAGGAGAUUGACAUGCUGAGUGAUGCUUGUAACAAGCUGCAGGAACAGAAGAAAGCACUAACAAAGGAAAAGGAGGAGCUUGAGGAAUUGAAGGGUGAUAUCCAGGAGUAUAAUGAAGAUUUGCAAGAAAUAAAGGAACUUUCUAAAGCUGGCCAGGAAGAAGUAGUGGAAGAAUCAAAGGCGAGCAAGCGACUGACCAAAAGAGUGAACCGGAUGAUUGGACAGAUAGACAAGAUUAUUAAUGAGUUAGAGACAAAUCAAAGGACGGUGGAUGUAAAGCUUGACAGAGGUGGUAGUUCUCCUGCUGGAUUGUGCUUCCUCUCUAGGGAGAAUCUCAUCAGUAUUGCUGAGCUAAUUAAUGCAAUGAAACAAAUCCAGAAGAUUCCAGAGGAGAAACUAACGAGGAUUGCAGAGGCAUUAGAUGAAAACAAAGAUGGCAAAAUUGAUAUAGAUAAUGUUGUUAAGGUAGUAGAAUUGAUAGACAAAGAAGAUGUUGAUAUUGGCACCAGCCAGGUUGCUGAGAUUAUGGCACUGCUUCAGAAGGAAGAAAAACUGGAAGAAAAGGAGAAAGCAAAGGAAAAGCAUGAUAAAGAAGCCGCAGAAGUAAAGAAUUAAGCUUCAGAAUCUGAAGCAAAGCCCAACUGUAACCAAAACUGUGUAUAUCUUUGUGUCUAAUGGCUACAUAUUACUGGAGCUUUUGUGAUUAUGGAAAGUGUUUUGAGCUGAUACUAGUAAUAAAUUAUAGAUAUGUUUUCUGAUAUAUGGAAUGAAAUUUCCGUUCAUCAAAGAAGUGAUUUAUUGUCAUUCCAUACAGAUGAAAACAAAAUAUGCUGCUUCAGCAGUGUUCCUGUCCACAAAAAUCAUGUAUUUGCACUCAUUGUUGUGGUACAGUGAUCCAAAAGUGUUUCUAAUUUAUUUACUUUCACCGUUACAUGGGGCCCAACCUUGCUGUGCUUCUACCUUCUAGCUUUUGCAGAAUUUAAUACAAAAAUUUCCUUCUGUCACAAUAUCACAUUUUUUGUAACCUGUUAGUGAAGAUUCUGUGGCUUCAGUAGUAGCUCUUCAGAUUGAGCUUUAUUUAAGCUGAAUAUCACCGAGCCGUUGCCUCACUGACAGAGAAUGUGACAUUCUAAUCACUUACAAAUUCGUUUUCUUUUGAAGGGAAAAUGGGAUUAAUUUUUCCCUAGAACUGAAACUUCCCAUGAAGUUUGUUUCUUACGGGUGCCUUAAACUAAGACCAGGGAGUAGAACAUUUCACUUCUACUCAGAGUUCCAUGAACUAUUAAAGCAUUGGAAUCACAGGAGCCUUUCACGUAGUUUCAGAACAGAUGACGUGUUUGUCUAAAUAGCAAAAUGAAAUUAACUGCAAGGGGAAAAAUGCCAGUUGUGAUCUCUUCACAUGUAUUUUUUAAAAAUGCAGUUAUGGAGGCAUGUUUGUUGUUCAAAUGACAAUUACUUACGCCAUAACUAAUUCUUACCUCUCGGUUGUCAUCUCAGGUGUAACAUCACUAACCAAGUACAUUCAAAGUACUUACAUACUGUCAUCUGGCUGUGCAGUCAGCAAGUGAUGCCUGAAAUUGGCAGUGUCUUGAUUGCAACUUUGGCUUUCUAAUUAACUGAUUGAGUCUUUUGACUCAGUACUGACAGUAGGUCAAAGUUUACUCAUUAAUGUCUGUUCUUAGUAGUAAUUUUUUAAGAUUUAAAACUAAUAUGCCACCUGUAGGAUCUUCAUAAUUCCUGAUAGCCUGAACUUCCCUGAUUCUUACAAUUGGGAAUUAUUUGUAAAAAUGCAUUUGAAGUUAGUGGAACAAAGAAACGUUUGGGUGGUCUCAGAGCCUUGAGUAAUUAUGGUAUCAUAGAAGGGCUUGAGUUGGAAGGGACCUCAAAGACCAUCCAGUUCCAGCCUCCUGCUGUGGACUGGUUGUCCCCUACCAGAUCAGGCUGGCCAAGACCCAUCCAACCAGGCUUUAAACAGAGUUUGUUUUGGAUCUGGUAAUAAUCCUUUAAUGGAGUUGAAACAUCCAAUGUAGGAGAUUUGGUAUACAGUGACUCCCUGUACUGAAACACCAAAGCUUUGGUACAGUCCUGGAAGUCCAUCUGCCAUGGCAGUUUUAACAAUAAAGUCACCAGAUCCCUGGAGCUGCUGCUCAGCAGCACCUUUUAGAUAGCUGUAGGUAACAAAGUUUGCCCAAAGGCUAAUGGAUAUUCUAAGCAUUGGGAUGUUACUCCUGUGGCUCUAGCUGAAGCCAGAUUUGACAACAACUUUUUCCAGAAUUGUUUCUCCACUUUGGGCGUGAGAAUCCCUUUUCAUUAAAAGCAGCGUUUAGAAGCCUGUAUUUGAAAAUACUAAAUAACAUUUGACAAGUGGCCAUGCCAGAAGCUGAAAAAUCCUUGCUCCCUGGGGACUCACAAAAGGCGGUAGAUCAUACCUUAGUACUGCUGAUCCACCCGGCUCUGUUUGAACAAGGCAGCAGCUCCAUCUGCUCUGUGGCCAUCUUGGAGAUAAUGGACCAUUGCAUUUAGUUGUUUCCAAAGCAGGAUGUACAGUAUGUAUAAUACAGCUCUAGAAAACAGGGUCAGCGUUUAAGUAUGUAUUGGAUUAAUAUUCUCUGCAUUUUGAAGGGUUGCUUACAGUAAGCGAUGUGACUGAUCUCCCUGAGAAUUACUGUAAUCAUAGAAUUAUUUGAGUGGAAGGGACCUUUAAAGGCCAUCUUGUCCAACUCCUCUACACUGAUCAGAGGCAGCUACAGCUUGAGCAGGUGCUCAGAGCCCAAUCCAUCCUGACCUUGAGUCUCUCUGGGGAUGGGGGAAUCCACCACCUCUCUGGGCAGCCCUUGCUGGUGCUUCGCUGCCCUUGUGGGGAAGAAAAAGUGCAACAAACCACCAUGUUUAUUUCAAUCUAAAUCUCCCCACUUUUAGUUUGAAGCCUUUUCCCCUCUUCCUGUCACAGCAGACCCUACUAAAGAGUCUGUUACCUUCUUAUUUAGAUGAUGCAUGUGCUGCUGUCAGAUCUCCCUGGAGCCCCUCCAAGCUGAAGAGCCUCAGCUCUCAGUUGUCUCUUAGGGGAGGUGUUCCAUGCCUUGAAACGUCAUUAUUUUAUAUAAAAUUGCUUUGACAAAACUGGCAUUUCAAAUUGAAACAAACUUCUCAAUUCAUGUACCUCUCACCAAACAAGUCAUUCUCUUUCCUAUAAAAUAGGAUUUACUUGGAGAUUUCAGCAUGGAAUUUUGAAGGUUGGACUUCACUAGAUGCAUUUUAAGGCUAAAAAUUUUUUAUAGCUGAAAAUGUAUGAAGAAAAUUCAUGCCAAAAUGCAAUUUCAAACCUCUUACGUUGUAUAAAUUAACAGAUUGGAAUUAAUGGACUUUGAAGUGCACUAAGUUUUCCAUGUGCGUAUUUUCCAUGUGUAAGCAGCGUGUAACAGUCUUACUUAACAUUCCUGAGAUGUCAUCAAGUUAUUCUAACUCAAGUGGUCUGCUAGCUUUCAUUGCAGUAGCGAAAGCUGAAGAGUGGUGUGGACUUGAAUGCAUACAAGUUUAAACAGGGAAGCAGCAGAAUAAGCUGUUUUCAAAGCUUUACGGAUUUAAGUCUCAUGCAGCUUUAAUUCACCUGGUGUGACGUUAGCGGGGUGUUCAGGUGCUUAGGACACACUGUUGCUUGUCUUGUCCCGUGUUUGCCAUUCACUUAAAUUUGCUGUGGAUUAAGUAAGAAGGGAGCCAUAAGCAGCCAGUUCUUUUAUAGACACAAAUGUCAGUUUUCCCCUGUUAUCUAAAGAUUUGAUGCGCUCAUUAACCACAGUGGCGCGUUUUGCAGGACACCUCUCUUCUCACGCUCUGAUGUUGCAAGUAGGCAAACCCGUGACGUCGAGGCUUUAAUGGCCAUUCUGCAAGCUUAAAAAGCUUAGGAAGCUCUUGGUGGCUGAUGCUCACCUGGUUUUGAACCUUCACAAACAGCUCCGUGCAGCCGAGUCAGGCAGUGUGAGCAGGUCGGUGCACUGGCUUCAGGUAACCUGCUUUGUCUUUCAUGUUGACCAAAAGCCCAGAAGCCACAGUACUUUCAGAGAAAGGAUGACUUCCAAGUGUACAGUAACCGGUCAGAACUUAUUCCUGAAUGAAUAUUUAACCAGGAGAUGUAAAUAUUUGUUAAAAUAAUUAAGAGAUGUAUGAGAUUUGUGUGACGUUGUUACUUAACGCGGGGCAAAACCUCUUAAGCUCAGAGUUGGGUUAUCAGUAAAGCCAUUGCUGGAGUUGUUUGAGAUUCACAUGGGGUCAGAGUUUGAUUAUAAUCUGUCCAAAGGAAGAAAUGAAUAAAAAAGUGAUAAGAAAAGUUUAAAACAGUAGCAAGAGGGAAGUAAAGUAUGAUUUCCUCCCCCAUCAAAACGGGUUGUAGGACCUAUUUUAUUGAAGCAUUGAUUUCCAACUGGUGUCAUCUCAAAAAAUGGCUUUUACUGUGAUUUCAGUAAGUCUGCGUGUACAUUAACUACCAGAAAACCAACCUAAUAGGUGGUUUGUCAGCAGGACUGCAUGCGGAUUGAGACAGCUCUCUUGACAAGGCGAUGUAUUGCACUGCAGGCUUUGUCUGGGGGAAGAUGUUGUACCUUUUUAUACAACUCCGGAAUACUUCUUGAACUUAUUGUCUGCCUACCUUCCUAAUCGUAUGAACUUUAGCUUCUUCAGCAUGUAUUUAAAUCCUUUCAGAUUGAUGAUAGGAAAUUAUUGGGGUAUAUUUAAUUAAAAGAAUGAUCCAAGAUUCUGUUCUUUAUAUGUAUUCCAAAGUUUACUUUUGGGUUUAUGGAUUUCAGCCCACGUUAAAAAUUGUCUGUGCUCUGAGCAUACCGGUCCUAUGUUUGCCAUAAUGCAAUAUAAAGUUUUUAAGUUAAUAAUUGGAGCUUGUGUCCUUUGUUUAGUUUUAAUAAAUGUAUCAUUUUGAAGCCUG